AUGCCAAAAGCUACGAACGCACUCAAACACGCUGCGAAACACACCAGAUGGACUCCGACUACUCGCCCAGUCGCUCACUCGCACGCUCACUCCCCCUCGCAAUCUUCAUCAGUGCGAACGCCUACUCCUCGCUCGGCAGCUCGUAGUCAGCCAGGAAGGGACGAGUGGGCACUGUCGUGGCUGCAAAGGUGGGACAAGGGCAAGGCAAAGUGGAUCAGGGUCGACGAGGGCGCUUUACCCGUCGACGCUCCUCUCCUCCCCCCUCGAUCCUCGCACACCCACCCCCGCCUCUCAUUCAUGACCUACAACACCUUCUCCUCCUCUCCCACUCACACUCGCGCCCAGUCACUAGCCCUCGCAUCGCUCAUCUCAGACUCAGGCUGCGCCUUUAUCGCACUCGAGGAAGUCUCCGCCCCGUUCUACCGCUUCCUCCUCGCCCAACCUUCCUUCCGCGACUCUGGGUACGCAGUCUCGACGCCUGAGAAGUACUGGCACAUCAGUGGUCGAGGGAGUCCGAAUCGAGGGAAGGAAGGAGCGAGGGAGGCCUGUGUCGUGCUUGUCAAGGAGGGGUUGCUGGGACGGGGAAGUGAGGUGAGAGUGGGGAGGCUGGGGAGGGGGAGAGAUGAGGGCGGGAAGGCGGCUGUUGGCGUGCGGGUGUUCAGUGGGGGGAGGGAGGUGCUCCGACUCGCCACCUCGCACUUCUCCUCCCUCCCCUUCAACGCCUCCCUCCGCACACGCCAAUUCCGUACCUGCCUCUCGUUCCUCUCGCAGCGCUCCGCCUCAUCCACCAGCUCCGACGCCACCUCUUCCUCGUCAAUGCGAGAAGUUGCAGCGAAGCCAGUCUGCGUUUUGUUGGGCGACUUCAACGCCUCGAACGGCGCGGAAUUCGACUCGCUCACAUCCGACUCUUCGCUCGCUCUCGUCGAUGCUUUCGACCUCUUCUCUGCGCGAUCGCACUCGAGCUCUCGCUCAAAGGAGAGCAAGAAACGCGCUCGCUCCCAGCGCGAAGACGGAGCAGGCGCAGGCGACUCGGACUCAUUCCGCGCCCCUCCAACGUUCGGCCAUCUCUACCCCUGGAUCCGCCCACCCUCGACACUCAAAACCCGCACUCCGAAGCCGCGCAAAGUCCGCCGCAUCGACCGGGUGUACAUCUCCCCCUCGUCCGAGGUCAACGUGCGUGGGUACGAGCAUCGAGGAGGUGAGCCGCUCGAGGGCGAGACGGACGGGUGUGGGAGGGAUGGAGGGAUGUUUGCGAGCGAUCAUGAGGCCGUUGUCGUCGAGGUGGAGUUCGUGGUGAAAUGGUGA